AUGGGACAAUUACCAAAAGAUCGUGUUCAUGCUAAUCGUGCUUUCAUCAUUACUGGCACAGACUUUUGUGGUCCUUUUUAUUACAAGUCCGAAAUUCGCAAUAAGUCUCCAAUCAAAUGCUAUGUUUGUUUAUUCAUUUGUUUCGCGACCAAAGCUGUCCAUCUUGAAUUGGUCAAGGAUUUAACAACAUCAGCAUUUCUAGCCGCAUUACAGCGUUUUAUUUCAACUCGUGGCAAACCAAAAAUCAUUUGUGACAGCAUCGAAUGGAAAUUCAUACCUCCUGGAUCGCCACAUUUCGGCGGCCUCUGGGAAGCUGCCGUAAAAACAGCCAAAUAUCACUUUUGUCGAGCGGUUGGCUUAGCAGUUUUGGACUUCGAUGAACUACGCACUUUGGUUUGCCAAAUUGCUGCUAUUAUCAACUUUCGUCCACUCUGCCCGCUUUCAGAAUGUCCGGAAGAUCUUGAUGUUCUCACACCUGCUCACUUUCUAAUCGGUGCCCCGUUAACAUCAAUCAUUGAGCCUGACACUACGGUCUUGAAUGUUAACCGGCUUGAUCGCUGGCAGCGCAUUUCAUAUAUUCAACAAAUUUUUUGGAAACGCUGGAGUACCGAAUAUCUUACACAGCUACAAGAGCGAUCAAAAAGGCGAAGACCGACUCCAAAUAUAUCACUUGGUGCAAUAGUUCUUUUAAAGGAUGACAAUCUCCUACCAUUUCGCUGGCCGCUCGGUAGAGUUAUUGAAGUCAUAUCUGGUCCUGAUGGUGUCAUUCGUGUAGCGACUUCGAUCGCGAAAUUAGAUGCAACUGAUACGUCUAGAGCUGAACUAGAGGACCAAUACGUUUCCCCAAAAAUAUUAAUAAUGUCUCAACUGCAGGAAGAGGCCCACAAUGCAUCAGUGCUAGAUGCAACAGCAAUAAUUCUCACCUCAACUAAAAAAUUACCACUGUUAAAAUCACCUACAUUCAGUGUCAUGCAAAAAACGGACGCAAUUACACGUAGGAAAUGGAAUGAAUCGCUUAACUUCGACACAUUACCCAGUUGGGAGGAUUGCUCAAAAUUGUUGAAUAGGCAUUACCAGUUUCUCGAAUCACUCGACAGUGGAAACGGCAAUCAAUCAUCACCACAACGUAAACCUCAUAAUCUUAACUCCUAG